AUGGAGAUCGAGGUCUCGGCGGACGACGUCGCGUACGAGGAGGACGUCCUGCGCGAUCCCUUCAGGCUGUCCGGCUGGCUGCGCUACCUGUCGGCUCGUCGCGCGGCGCCGCCGGCGAAGCGCGCGGCCAUCUACGAGCGGGCGCUGCGAGCCCUCCCCGGGUCGUACAAGCUGUGGCACGCCUACCUCACGGAGCUCGGCGACGCCGCGCGCGCGCUGCCCGUCACCCACGCCGCUCACGCCGGCCUCGACGCCGCCUUCGAGCGCGCGCUCGCCGCUGGCAUGUCCCGGAUGCCGCGCGUCUGGCACAUGUACGCCUCCUCGCUCCUCCACCAACGCCUCCUCACACGCGCCCGCCACGUGCUCGACCGCGCGCUGCGCUCGCUGCCCGUCACGCAGCACCACCACGUGUGGCCGCUUCACCUCCGCCUCGCCUCCCUGCCCGACUGCCCGGCCCCGACCGCGGUCCGUGUGCAUGGCCGCCACCUCCAGUUCGAUCCUGACCACGCGGAGGAUUUCAUCGCCUUCCUCGUCUCUGCCGGCAGAUGGCGGGACGCCGCCCAACACCUCGCCGCGGCCAUCGACGACGAAGGAUUCGUGUCCGUCAAGGGCACAACGAAGCGCCAGCUACUGCCUGACCUGUGUGGCCUGCUCGCCCAGCACCCAGAGGACGUCGCCGGGAUGCCGGUGGACGGAAUCCUCCGCGGCAGCAUCCGGAAGUUCCCCGAGGAGGCCGGCGUGCUGUGGACAAGCCUGGCCAGCCACUACGCGCGGAGAGGCCUCCACGGCAAGGCUAGGGAUGUGUUCGAGGAGGCCAUGACCACGGCGACCACCGUCAAGGACUUCCGGAUGGUGUUCGACGCAUACUUGCACUUCGAGCACGCCAUGGCCGCCGCGGAGCUCGAGCUCUGCCAAGCGGACACCGUCGACGUCCAGGACUGCUGGCUCGCCGACAGGGACAGCAUAGACUUGGCGAUGGCGAGGCUGGAGCGGCUGCUCGAACGCCGGCCGGAGCUGCUCAACAGCGUCCUGCUGAGGCAGAACCCGCACGACAUCCAGGUGUGGCACGAGCAGGCCAAGAUCUUCCACAAGGAUCCCGCGAGACACGCCGCGACCUACGCGGAGGCCGUCAGGACCGUCGAUCCGGCGAAGGCGACGGGGAAGCCGCCGCACACGCUCUGGCUGGCUCUCGCCAAGAUGUACGAGGACCGUGGCAGCGUCGACUGCGCCCGAGACGUCCUCCACAGAGCCACGCAGGCAAACUUCACGGCGGCGGAGCACCUCGCCGCGGUUUACUGCGAGUGGGCCAAUAUGGAGCUGAGGCACCAGGAUCCCGAGAGGGCCAUUGAUCUCAUCCGGCAAGCGACCACGCCACCAUCGAUCGAGGCCACGACGCGCGCCGCUGCUGCCGGCGGCGAGGACGUUCGGGCGAAACUGCAUCGGUGUCUCAAGCUGUGGCUCGUGUACCUAGACCUGAUGACAACACACGGGUCGCUCGAGUCCGCCUGUGCCGUCUACGACAAGAUGCACGACCUCGGCGUCAUCACGCCAUUGCUGGUGCUGGACCACGCGUCCCUCCUCGAGCAGCACAGCCGGUUCGAGGACGCGUUCCGUGUGUACGAGCGGGGCGUCAGGUCCUUCAAGCACCCGCACGCCGACGCCAUAUGGGAGGCGUACCUGACGAGGUUCGUCCAGCGGCACGGGAAGAGCAGGCCGGAGAGGGUGAGGGACCUGUUCCAGGCGGCCGUCCUGCAGUCGCCGCCGGAGAGGAAGAAGGCCGUGUACCUCAGAUACGCGAGGUUCGAGGAGGACUUCGGCCUCGCGAGCCGCGCAAUGAAGGUGUACGAGGACGCCGCGAACGCCGUCCCUGCCGGCGACAGGCUCGGCGUCUACGAGGUGUACGUCGCGCGGGCUACCGAGCUCUACGGCCUUCUGAAGGCGAGGGACGUGUACCAGCAGGCGAUCGUCGGCGGCGGGCUGCCCGACGAGGGCGCGAGGGCGAUGUGCGUCGGGUUCGCCGACCUCGAGAUCGUGCUCGGCGAAGUCGCGCGCGCUCGGGCGUUGUACGCAUACGCGGCGGCCUUCACGGAUCCCAAGGUUUACCCUGAGUUCUGGAAACGGUGGAACGACUUUGAGGUGCUACACGGCGACGAGGGUACGUUCAGGGAGAUGCUCCGCGUGAAGAGGACCAUGGCGGCCGUUGCCAGAGACGGAGCAGGGGCGCGGGGUGAGAUCCGCACCGACGCCGGCGUGGUGGAGCAGGGGCUGCGCCCGUGCGCCGGCCAACGUUUCGACGGUGCUCAGCAAUGCAAGCGGAUACGUCUAGUGUAG